AUCAAUAGAUUUAAGCACCGCCAUAUUCUCCAGAGGUAGAUGGGCCAUACAACCAGAGGCAGACGAAGAGGAUCGGCAACCAAGAAGGCUAUUAAAAUAAACACACUAUAUGAAAGAAAAGUGGGAAAAUUGUAAGGAGCGAACACAGUGAACAUAAAGUACCGAAUCUACAAGUACCACAUCCGGAUAUUAAUAACGAUGAUGUGAACAGCAAAACCCAAAAAACGUGAAGAACCUUGAAAGGAAUUUUGAACAUGAUUUAUUAGAGAUCAGACAUUUAGACGCAACACAGAAGCAUUCUCUUCCACUGACGAACAUCACAAAUGAUCUGCAUGGAUUAAUAGAACACCUCUACAGCAAGGUUUUACCUACACGUUUAAAUGCAGCACCAACUGGGUUUAAGGUACAAAUCUUUGUAUACUGUGCAGUUGUGUACAUGGUGCACAACAAGGAUGUGGCGGGUAUUAUACAUCAAUAACUUGACUUAACCCUAGAACUCUUAGCAGAAGGAAUUCCUCUCUAUAGACACAUUCCAACGUCCCCUUUAAAAAGUAAAAAUUAUAUCUUAUAUUGGAAUGUUACUAUCCAGACAGUUUAUUACAUAAGAAACAAUCGAACUGACAUUGCAAUGCGAUAAAAAAGUGUGUACGAAACCAAAUCAUCGCAACUGCUUUCCAACUUUAGCGAAAUUUGAAGAAAACCCAUACAACCAAGAUCCAUAAGUAUAGCGAGUUAAGGCAUGAAGUAACGACCAUAUGGAGAAAUGUGAAUUUUCUUCAGGAACUAAGCGGCUAAAACCCACGAAGUGGCAGAUGGUAACUCUAAGAACGCAUCCAGAAGUGAUUUUUGUCACCUCCAACGCUAUCGGCUGCUGUUUCAGUAUGGGAGCGACAGCAUUCACAGUUGAUGUCCACAGAACCUAUUUCUACAAUCAUCCGAAUCCGAAAACUAAUCGUUUUAUUAGGUCAUAUGAUUUACCGAAUAGGGGUGUCGAUAAGACUUCAGAUGAUAUUGAGGUCGAAUGGACGAGUCCUGUAGACGAAGUCAAUGAAGAACUUCUUCAGAUAAAAGUCACCUUCGACUAUCAUGGGAAAUUUCCUACAGAAGUCACAUCGUUUAGCCCGGUCGCUUAUAUACCCGAUAGUCACGUUAUGAAGAAUGUAGGACUGAAUUUUUUCGAUCGAAUAAUGACCGUGAAAGUGCGUGUAACUUCUGGAUCCAUUACUAGGGGGGCCACACCAGUUAUGGGACAUCUUAAGUGGAAUCGAAAUUAUGCAACAGGUAUUCAUUGCGAGGAACCUGUUAAAAUCACUAUGGAGAUGACAACCGUGACACAAAACGCCCUUAAAGGAAAUUCUUAUCAAGUAACUACGAAAGCAGUCUAUGAAGGAGAGUUCAAAACUGAUGGAGAUUGGUGUCCCAAAUAAUGAAAAAGUUUAAGAAAUUAUUAUUUCGAGAAAUGCCCUUAAUUUAAAAAUAAUACAGAAAUAAUGAUUCAAUAAUAAAUACAGUACUUAACGAGUUCUUUAA